AUGCGCCUAUUGAUGCCGUUUUUGACAUCCCGAGAGUCUCGGGACGAGGAACCCGACUUAUCGAAGGACGUGCUCGCUGCUGACAAGUGGAUUGUGCUUGGUUACAUUCGUGGUUUCUCACAGGCCUCUCAUGAUGCUACUAAGGCAAUCGAAGACCACAAAGCUACCUUGGAACAAAUCCUUGCCACCAUGGAUUUCUAG